CCUGGACAAGCCGGAGUGACAUUCAGCUCAGCCCUGUCUUUCGGGGAUACUUCAGACAUAACGCAAACACAGCUAUCAGGACCACGGACAGCUCCUGUCCAAGACGCAUACGAAAUAUUUCAACGCACAUAUACUCUCAGAUACGCUUAAAGACAGAUACAGCUGCGGAUUAACGCAUUCCGCUCUCGCGCAGAUUGAAAGCAAUGUUACCAAGGAAGGGUUCGCAGCUUGUCCUCCUGAUAGCUCUGUGCAGCGCGCUGUGUACCAGGACGCUCAGCCUACCGUAUCCAUCUAUGAGGUUGGAUAAGCUUGAAGGCGAUAACGAGAACGACUGGACCAAGAGUCCCUCAGUUCACGAUUCACUUCCAGAGAACUACAAACUUUACUACGACUUUUCAAACGCAGCGGCAAGACCUACAAGACACGCGGACGGUCUGUUCACAAGCGGAUACAGCAAACUUCUUGGUCAACUAUCCGCCAGACGGUACCUGGAAUCUUUAAUUGGGAAAAGAGUGAGUAACGAUUUGAUGGAAGAGCAGAUUCCGGUGAAGCGACACUCGGACGCCAUUUUCACAGAUAACUACAGCCGCUUCAGGAAACAAAUGGCCGUAAAGAAGUACCUGAACUCUGUGCUAACAGGGAAGCGAAGCCAAGAAGACGCUUCGCCUCUGAAGGAGGAGGGCUCUAGGAGUGACCCGCCCUUUCCUGAGAGCUAUGAUGAUGUCACUGUGGACGAGCUCCUCAGCCAUCUCCCAUUGACGCUCUGAGGAAAACUGCCUGGAAAAGACUUCCACCAUCUCUCCAUUAUUGAUUUACCGUUCAAAGACCAUUUCGCUAAAAGCAUCAGUAUUAAAACCAAAACAGAGAUUUAAAAAAAGUGUGAAAAACCUGGCUCUUAUAUAUAAAGUAAAUGUUUACAUUGUACAUAUAUACUUUAGUGAAAGUUGAAAUUGUACAUAUUGUGUGUUGGCCAUGGGCCAAGCGGUGUUUGAACUAGUCUGCUGUAAAUGGUAGUUUAAUAAAUGCAUUGAAUUGAGCGCUAGAGUACUGGGCAUACUACAACCAUAUUGUACCAUAGACACCAAGACCACAUAAUCAUCCACAAUUAUGCAUAUAAUUAGUUUGUAUUCACAUAGAAUCAUAUAAAAACAUUUAUUCAUCUGGAGAAUUUAAGUGAUGCAAGAUUGGACCACCACAUAACGGAUGUCAGUUUAAUUUUGUAAAUCAGAAUAAUUUUAUAUGAAAUUAUUUAUGUACCUUUAUGUCCAUACCAAAAAAGUUAAACUCGGAGGAAAAUGAAAAAUAUUUGCCUAUUAUUCUAUAUAUUGUUCUAUAUAUCAUACACGUUUGUCAGCCAUGAGGCACUUUAUAUCGGGAAGAAAAAACAUUCUUCCAGACAUUACCGUGUGGAGUACUCCGCCAGCCAGCCAGGUGUGCUGGAUCUCAGAGGUCAUCUUUCUGACCUGAAAAACAGGAGAGAGAAAUCUACCAUGAAAAUAAUGUCGUUUAAAUCAGAUCCCCCUCCCUCUAAUGAGCCCCGUGAAGCAUGGGGUCUGUGGUCACAGGUGCUGGACAGAGACCCCCAUGAAAGCAUCCCAUCUGUCACUGCCGUGCUUCCUCUGAGGAAGCUUUCAGCUGCUCGCAGAGACCCACGGGCCCCCACUCCUCCCCAAGUCAUCCCGCACCUCUUCAUGCGUCGCGAUUUAGUGCAUCUCACACAGUCAUCGCGAUUUAGUGCAUCUCACACAGUCAUCGCGAUUUAGUGCAUCUCACACAGUCAUCGCGAUUUAGUGCAUCUCACACAGUCAUCGCGAUUUAGUGCAUCUCACACAGUCAUCGCGAUUUAGUGCAUCUCACACAGUCAUCGUGAUUUAGUGCAUCUCACACAGUCAGAUUCUCAUAGGAAAGCCUUGGUAAUUUAGCAGAAAGGCUAAUUGUUUUGGGAAUUGGUUUUAUCGUCUGCAGGUUUCCGAUCAGAGUGUUUGAGAACAUGCUUAACAUUUAGAAAAAAGCAAAGGAACUAAAAUAACAUGAAGUGAAUGAACGACAAAGAUAGAUUGGGGGAGUGUGCCAUUUACCAAGAUAUGUUAUUUGAAUAAUUUAUACAGAAUGCAUUUCUUGGCUUCCUUUUUGAAUGAAUGUAUCUUCUAAUAUAUGCAGUUAAUAAAAAAUUACUUGUGCAAA